AACUCGAGUUGGAAGAGGCGAGUCCGGUCUCAAAAUGGAGGGCCAUGAUCCAAAGGAACCAGAACAGUUGAGGAAGCUGUUUAUUGGUGGUCUGAGCUUUGAAACCACAGAUGAUAGCUUAAGAGAACAUUUUGAGAAAUGGGGCACACUUACAGACUGUGUGGUAAUGAGAGAUCCCCAAACAAAACGUUCCAGGGGCUUUGGUUUUGUGACCUACUCUUGUGUUGAAGAGGUGGAUGCUGCAAUGUGUGCUCGGCCACACAAGGUUGAUGGGCAUGUGGUGGAACCAAAGAGAGCUGUUUCUAGAGAAGAUUCUGUAAAGCCUGGUGCCCAUUUAACCGUGAAGAAAAUUUUUGUUGGUGGUAUUAAAGAAGAUACAGAAGAAUAUAAUCUGAGAGACUACUUUGAAAAGUAUGGCAAAAUCGAAACCAUGGAAGUUAUGGAAGACAGGCAGAGUGGAAAAAAGAGAGGAUUCGCUUUUGUAACUUUUGAUGAUCAUGACACAGUUGAUAAAAUUGUUGUUCAGAAAUACCACACUAUUAAUGGGCAUAAUUGUGAAGUGAAAAAGGCCCUUUCUAAACAAGAGAUGCAGUCUGCUGGAUCACAGAGAGGUCGUGGAGGUGGAUCUGGAAACUUCAUGGGUCAUGGAGGAAACUUUGGAGGUGGUGGAGGUAAUUUUGGUCGUGGUGGAAACUUUGGUGGAAGAGGAGGCUAUGGUGGUGGAGGUGGUGGCAGCAGAGGUAGUUAUGGAGGUGGUGAUGGUGGAUAUAAUGGAUUUGGAGGUGAUGGUGGCAACUAUGGUGGUGGUCCUGGUUACAGUAGUAGAGGAGGCUAUGGUGGUGGUGGACCAGGAUAUGGAAACCAAGGUGGUGGAUAUGGUGGUGGUGGAGGAGGAUACGAUGGUUACAAUGAAGGAGGAAAUUUUGGUGGAGGUAACUAUGGUGGUGGUGGGAACUAUAAUGACUUUGGAAAUUAUAGUGGACAACAGCAAUCAAAUUAUGGGCCCAUGAAAGGGGGCAGUUUUGGUGGAAGAAGCUCAGGCAGUCCCUAUGGUGGUGGCUAUGGAUCUGGUGGUGGAAGUGGUGGAUAUGGUAGCAGAAGGUUUUAAAAAAAAAAAAAGCAGAAAAGGGCUACAGUUCUUAGCAGGAGAGAGAGCGAGGAGUUGUCAGGAAAGCUGCAGGUUACUUUGAGACAGUCGUCCUAAAUGCAUUAGAGGAA